UGUAUUAGUGUGUGUUGUGAUCAUAUCAGUUGUGAUUGAAGAUGAGAGGGUGUAAUCAAAUUAUUUAGUCUCUUUUUUUAUUUUCCAAUAAUUUUUUUUCUUUUUGGAAACAGACUAAAAAAAUAUUCUUUUUUUUUAAUAAUGUCACUCUUCAAAGCAAAUGAAGUAUUGGGAAAAUUGUAUUCUCAUUAUUUGAUUUCAAUGCCAUCGUUUAAUCUCUCGAAAACACAAAAGAUAUUAAUUAUUUGUUUUACUGGUGGAACGUUAUUAUUGGGAAGUUUGGCACAAUUUUUGAAAAGAAGGAGAAGACACCCCUUGCCUUCAUCACGUAAAAGUAUCAGAGAUGCUAGACAUAGAUUUAUGAAUUCGAAGGCUUCUAAUUUUGAUGCAGUUUCACAAGUUUCAUGGGCGAGAAGAAGUGAAGCCAGUACACGAAGUCAUAUUAGCGAUAGAGCUUCUCUUAUUUCAUCAAUACCUGGUGGACCAGAUGGAGAUGUGCGACUUACUCCUCAACAAUAUGGUGUACUGGGGCUGGAGGCACUGGAAAAGGCACUUUACUGUUGGGAGGACGCUCUUACUGCAUUUAGUUCGGCACUGAACAAUGAUACUUUGGCAUUACCAUCAAAAGCUGAUGCGGCCUUUACUCACGAUGUUCAAGAAUUACUCGAUUUGGGAUAUCAAGUGCAAAAUAAUGCAGAACUUCUUUUUAUUGAUCAGCAUUCUGUACUUUUUCGAAAUGAUACUGAAAGUGAAGAAAGUCACAAACCCUCGACAAUUGGAACACGUUUGUCAACUAUUAAAGAUAAACCUGAGGCUGCAUCUUCACCAGAAUCAUUUGCAUCAGCGAGGGAUGGUGUUGCAGAUUUGCGUGAAUUUGAAGAAUUUGCGGAAUUCUUUCCACAUUUUGAAAAGCAAAAACUUUAUCAUGCCGCCUUGAAACAACACGAGGAUAAAGGCAUUACAUGCCGUCGAAUUCAUACGGAAUUAGUGAAAUGCGGCUCAGAUGUUGAAUAUUUAGCCAAAGUUCAUUGUUUACGGCAGGCGUACUCGAAACUUUUUAGUUGGCCAGCUGCGGCAACUUGGAUUGCAGACGUUGGUCGACAACUUAUAAGUGAUUUAAUUAUCUUUGCCGAUAAGGAUCCCAAAGAUUAUUUACUACAUUACGAACGAAUGAUGGUAUUUUUACAAGAUACGAGAAAUUGUAGUACAAUGCAAGAGGAAUUAUCUGGCAGAGGUGUAUUGUGUUUAAAUUUUUAUGACGUUCUCAUUGAUUUCAUACUUCUUGAUGCUUUUGAAGAAGUUGAUAAACCUCCAUCUUCAAUUAAAGCAAUUCUUCAAAAUCGUUGGAUAUCCGCCAGUUUCAGAGAAACGGCAAUAGGCACUGCCGUGUGGUCCGUUCUUGUAGGCAAGAGACAAAUGUUAAAAUAUGAUAAAGGAUUUUUGGCACAUUUCUAUUCAAUAUCAGAACAAGUGUCACCGGUUUUGAUUUGGGGAUUUUUAGGACCAGAAGGAAGUUUACGAUCCACUUGCCAAUAUUUUAGGGAUCAAGUCAUAGAAUUUCUAGUAGAUAUUUUCAAUUUUUUUAAAGUAAGAUACACAACAGUCGAUAGUCUCGCUGAGGAUAUAUUACGGGAGAUGAAAGUUCGCGUUGAAAAUAUUAAUCAAAGACUCUCGUUGGAAGGCUGUUGAAAAAAGACACAAAUUUCCAGUUCUUUCUCUCUCUCUAUAUAUAUAUAUAUAAAAAAUUUGUCUCACGUGUGUUCUAGGGUGAUAGUUUUUUUCAAAAAUAAUUCAUAGAUUACAAAAAUUGUUUCUUACAAACAGUUUAUUACUAUUUGUAAUAAUUUGUACUAAUUUCUGUCAGUGGAACAGAUUUUUUAAUUUUUUUUUUUCGAAACAAUAAUUUACAGGUUACUAAAUUAUUAAUUAUUUGUGUAUUGUGUAGAAUGUUUUCGGUUUUUUUUUACGUUCUUUUUUUUAAGUAGAUAUACAACUGACGAUAAUAAUUAAUAAUAAUAUUUCUAAUCUUGCUAUGAAUAUUAAAUUGAAAUAUAAACAUUUAAAUUGUUUGAAAAUUUAAGUUUAAAUUCAAAUUGUGACGUUCUUAUGAUUUUUUGUUAAUUAAUUUUUUUUUUUUAAAUUAAAAAUACAAAGACGAGGGAAAUUAAUUAUUAAAUAUUUUUAUAAUUUAGAGGAAAAUGUGUCAAAAAGUAAAUUCCUCCCCGAAAAAAAUUGAGAAAUUUACGAAAAUUUUAAUAAAAAUUUUGACAUUUUUUUCUCUAAAAUUCUUAUAUAUUUAUUAAUUAAUUUCUAUUGUUUGAAUUUGUAGAAAAAUUUUUUCCCUUAUUUUUGGAAUAAUUAUGUAAUUUAUUGAAUUAUUCUUUACUGAGAAAUUAUAAGAAAAAAGCUUGUUUAUGUAGCAUAUUUGUUAAUAUAUAUAAAUGAAACAAUGGUUACCAGUCACUUUUGUGUUACGCAAAUUGUUAAUUAAGCACGUGCUAUUUUAUUAGUUGCAUUUUUUUUUUUUAUUUGUAUCCUGAAGUUUGUUAUUUUUAGGAAUAAAUUUUCAUUUAAUUAACAAAUAAGUUUGACAAAUUGUAUAUGUAUUGGUAAAAGUAGAGAAUUUCUUAAUGUUGUUUGUGUCAUUUGUGCCACAUUAAAUUAAGUACUUAAAAAAUGGGAAAGAUUUAGAAUUUAUUGCUUAAAACAUUCCAUUAAGAUUCUGAUAAUUUUUAUUUUAAUAAUUAAUGUAAAAGAAUUACAAAAGUCAUGAACAAAUAUAAUAUGUAAUUAUUAUUGAUAAUAAUUUACUCAAUGAGUUUUACACUGGAAAACUAAAUUCUAAAUUAUUUAGUUGAAGUAUUUUUUAAUAUAUCUUUUAAAUAUUAAGUCUUAGCCAAAAAAUAAACUCGAAAUAAUUUAUGCACAAUUGUCUCGUACAUAACAACAGUUUAUUUACAAAUUUUUUUUUUUUUUUUUUUUUAGUAUAUCCACGAAAUCAGCCUGACUAUUACACUGUUUAUUAAUUAGAGUCUCGAUUAAAUCUGAAAAAGAGAAAUGUAAAAAAAAUAUUUAAAAUAUUAAAUUUUAAUUAAUUUAUUAUUUUAAGUAUUAUUACUUUAAUGUUUUAUUAAUCGAGAUUCUGGUCUACUUAAAGACGUGUCUGAAAUAAGCGGUGUCAUUAAUACUUACUGAAAUUACAAAAUAAAAUAAUUUAACAUAAAAUUAGAAGAAAAAUAUUAAAUUAAUAUUAUUCAAUUUUUAAUAUUACGGAAAAUUAAUAUUAAAAUUCUAAUAAUUUUAAAUUUAUUAUUUUAAAAAUAAUGAUUCAAAUAAAGAAAUUGAAUAAAAAAAAUUGAAAAAAUAAAAUUGUUUUUCAAGAAUUAAAAUGACACUUGACAUGUCUUUAUAUUGACAAUUUAAAUCACUUUUGUUAAUAAUUCAUUUCUUUUUUGCCAAUGUGCAAAAAUUGUAAAAAUUGAAUUGACUAGAAAUUCUAUUACAAUUUUCUUUUAAUCAAUUAAAUUUCUAACGUGUAUUUAAUUAAAUAUAUAUACUCUUUUUUAACACGA